GGUGUUGACCCUGAUUUUUAGGAGGUAUCUUUUUGACAAACCAGCUGGGUGUAUCGCGCAACUAGCAAUGCGUGAAACUGCCAACCUUCCCCCUUUCGCUCACCUCAAAGAGGAGCUGCAGGUAAUCCACAAAGACAGCUAUGUUGACGACAUUCUCACCUCUCAUAACGACCCCGAACAGCUGGGAGCCAUCACGGCCAAUGUGCAGAAGAUCUUAAAAGCAGGAGGAUUUGAGCUGAAGCCUUGGGCCUUCUCGGGUCAAAGUGGGAGGAAGGACAUCCAUGCUGGCACAGAGGCGAGCACUGUGGAGACCUUGGUGUUGCCAAAUCAGAUGCGAGACGACGACAACAAGGCACUUGGGUUGGGCUACCUGGUGGAGGAAGACGAACUGCACGUGAUGAUGGGCAUCAACUUUUCAAAGAGGAGGAGAAAAAUGAGACUCGGCCAAGACCUUCUCCCCGAGCAAAUUAAAGCUGAGACACCAAACCCUCUGACCAGAAGAGAGCUGCUCAGCCAGGUGUCGAGCUUAUAUGACCCACUGGGCCUAGUCACGCCGGCUAAACAGAAAGGUGCCAUUCUUGUACGGAGGGCAUUCCAAGAGGCAAAAAAUGACAGUUGCCCCGUCAAGCUGACAUGGGACCUGGCACUCUCAGAUUGUCUCAGACAAGACGCAGUCCAUCUCUUUGAAGAAUAUUCAAGACUCAACAGGAUCAAAUUCCCCAGAGCACUAACUCCCCCCGGCGUGUCUGGGAAACCACUGGCAAUUACAUUCUCUGAUGGCAGUGAGCACACUUACGGAGCAGUACUCUACCUAAGGUGGGAGGCCAGGCAUUGUCCAAUCAUUAGACUAGUGGAGUCCAAGGCCAAAUUAACUCCCCUGGACCACAAAGGGGACGCUGUAAAGGCAGAGGUAUGUGGAGCUGUAUUCGCCUCACGCCUGAAAAAAUACUUUGAACGGCACAGCAAGAUUGAGGUCGGAAGGUGGUACCAUUUGGUUGACAGCCAAACUGUCCUUGGAGCGAUACAGAGGGAAAGCUACGGCUACCAAACAUUCUUUGCCAACAGGAUUGGAGAAAUUCAAAACACGACGCAGAUCCAAGAUUGGUGGUGGAUUCCGGGCUCACAAAACAUUGCCGACAUAAUCACCAGAGGUGCCGGCCCAGAAGACCUGGACAAAGACUCAAGAUGGCAGAACGGGCCAAGGUUUCUCAGCCUACCGGUCAACGAAUGGCCAACAAAAACUGCAAAAGAUCUGGCCUCAACUGCCAGAGAAAACAUCCAAAAGAUGCAAAGGAAGGCAUUCGCUGCGAUAACAAGAUCCAGUAAAGAGAAGCAGGCGCAAGAACCAACCCAAAGGAAGGAAACCACCAGUCACUCAAGACCACCUGCGCCAGCGUCAAUCCAGUUAGUGGAAAUCAAGCGAUUCAGCAGUUUGACCCGACUAGUAAAAACAGUUGCAUGGAUGUGGAGGGCCGCUAAGAGGUUCAGAGGACAGAAUCCAGCAGCAGGCAGUCCAAAGUGGGAGGCAAUCCCCUCAACAGGCGUCAUCUCUGCAAAAGAGCGAGAGGAUGCCCUAAGAGACGUAUUCCUUGCGGCACAAGAGGGCGCUACCUUCCCGGAUACUACUACCAACAGGUUAGUGGUCUACAAAGACGCAGACACUGGGUUGCUGCUCUGUGGCGGACGCGUGCAGAUCUUCAAAGAAGACAAAAGUGCUGUACCCCUCCUGCCGUAUGGAGCAUGGGUGUCCACAUUACUUGCUCGGGAAGCCCACGGUGAAGGUCAUGAAGGCGUAGCUGGUACCCUGCUAAAAAUGAGACGGAAGGCAUGGAUUGUCAAGGGAAGGAGAAUAGCCCAGAAGGUUGUUGACGGCUGCGUUCUUUGUAGAAAAGCAAAGGCGGUAAGAUGCCAACAAGUGAUGGGAGACUUGCCACCUGAGCGGACAGAGCCUGCUGCACCAUUCCAAUUUACGACCGUAGACCUCUUUGGACCCUACCAUGUUAGGGACGACGUCAAGAGGAGGGUAAGCCUAAAAGUCUGGGGUGCUAUAUUUUGCUGCAUGGCAAGCAGAGCCGUUCAUGCAGAGUUGGUCAACAGCUUAUCCAGUGAAAGCUUCCUUUUGGCCUACCAACGGUUCACUGCAAUCAGAGGGCAUCCAUCAAAGAUCUGGUCUGACCCAGGCACGAAUUUUAUAGGAGCAAAACCUGUCCUGGAAGAUUUAUAUAAAUUCUUGGGAAGCCAGAACAGAGAAGGUCUGGAAGAGACGGCAGCCAAGAAUGGGACAGAGUGGAUGUGGAAAAUCCACCCUGCAGACUCCCCUCAUCGGAACGGUGCUGCAGAAGCUGCCGUGCGUACCCUCAAGAGAGCACUCCAGAAUGUCUGUGGAGAUUCUAUAUUCACCUAUAGUGAGUUCCAGACGGUACUUCAGUUGGCGGCCAACCUGGUGAAUGACCGCCCCAUCGAUGCAAGAGUUCAGAGUCGAGAGGAUUGUGUCCGGUAUGUUUCACCAAACAGUCUUCUCCUUGGCCGAGCAUCGCAGAGCGGGGACCUGAAAUCAUUCGACUUUUCCAAUUACCCGUACAAAAGACUCCAAGUAAUGCAAUCGGAGGUCAACAAAUUCUGGAGAAGCUGGAGCCAAUUAGCAGGCCCCAACCUAUUCAUAAGGAGUAAGUGGCACACCACUCAAAGAAACGUCAAAAUUGGAGACAUCGUAUGGAUUGCUGACCAAAAUGCGUUGAGAGGACAAUUCAAGCUGGGCAGAGUUGUAAGCACAAAUCCAGAUGACAAAGGCAUUGUCAGAGACGUGGAUGUGAAGGUCUUCCCAAGCUACUGUGUUCCCCUCGUAAAGGCCAAGAGAACCCACCCGACCUGCGACGGACCGAGAGAGAAGAUGCACAGCACCAUUCUUCAUCGGGAUGUCAGGCGACUGGUGGUGAUACUACCUGUGGAGGAACAGACUAUUCCAACUGACCCGCAGCUAAAUGUUUGACUUCAAAAAACUGGCGAUCUCCCCGAUGUCCCUUGGGUAGAUCGAGUGGGAGGUGUCAAGUCAAACCCUUGUCCAAAAUAAUUUAGAUAAGGCAGACAGGAAAAAAAUAAAUAAAAAGAUAAAUAAAAAUAAAAAAUACUUUUCAUAGCCCUCAUUAAGGGAAUAAUAAAUUUUCGUUGUACCUAGCACGUUAUUUUACUAAAUUAAACACGGGAGAUCAGGUGGGGAAAAUCUAAACCGGAAGUGGGAAUCAGUUUUAAGCGCACCUGGGCGUCUGCAUUAGGGCACUUCCUUUCUCAGCAGGUAAGGCUGCAGACAAGUGGUAUCGAGAAGGUAGUCAGAACUGCACCCCAAACCUUGCGCAAACUGGAGCUAUACAACACUGAAGAGGCAGCCGGUUUUCACCUAUGCGUGCCAUGCACUAUGCGUGCUAUGUGCUAUGUGCUACAACACUGCUGAGCUACACUACGCUGUGCUG